GUGAAAGAGUAAGUCAUUAGCUCAUUACAGCAGUACUUCUCUCAUAUUCUUCCAAUGGUUAGGGAGUGUGUUAGGCACAGUUAAAAAAUCUCUAUUAAGGACAACUACGUGGACAAAAGAGCAAACUAUCUAAUUGAGCAUUUAGCAUUUAACCAUUGCUGUUUUCAGAAAAAUUAAAUCACGACUGGAUGAAUAUGGACUUGAAGAAGUGAACUGCUUUAUUGUUACUCAAAUAAUCCCUGGAAGAAGAUCUGGAGUGUGUGGACCAAGAGCUUGAAGAAUGCAGGCUGUGUCUGGUUUUAGGUGCAAAGAGCAGGGCGAGGGCUCUUUGCAGCAACUCAUGCCAAGAAUUGUACGGGUAACAGGAGGAUCAGGCUCCGGUGCUGGGGUUCUCCAAGGGCCUCAGAGAUCUUCUAAACCCCCUCGUGAGCUUAGUGUGGAAGAGCAACAGGAGCUACGGAGAAAGAUCAACAGUCGUGAGAGAAAGAGAAUGCAGGACCUUAACGUGGCCAUGGAUGCUUUACGGGAGGUCAUGGUGCCCUACUCUUCUUCCACUGGUGUAGGUGGAGCACUGCAGUACCCUUACCUCCCUCCUGGAGCCCCUCCAACCGGGCGCCGCCUGUCUAAGAUCUCUACGCUGGUGCUGGCCCGUAACUACAUCCUACUCCUAGGCUCCUCCUUGCAGGAGAUGAGGCGUCUGUUGGGCGAGGUCAGCAUCGGGAUGGGCGCCAGCGGGACUGUACCACGUCUGCUGCUGACAGGAGGGUGGCCAUUUCUUACCGGGCCAGGACAGCUUCUGCUUUCCCCUCUUGAGCAGCAAAUGGGUGCAGCAAAGUGCCCUCUUCUGCCUCAGGGUACUCAGGAGGAGCCCUUGGCAUGGGGGUCAGGCAGCAUGUCGGCGAGCCCGGUGUGCCAGUGUGGGGUGUGCCGGACCCCACGGGUGGUGCAUGUUAAUCUCACCACACGCUUGCCAAAAUGAUUCCAACAUGACUUAGAGAACAUGCAGUUAUUAAUGUCUGUGAAGGGUGGGAUGUAUGGUUAAUUUUUUGGUAACACUUUACAAAAAGGUUCAUUUUGUUAUCCUUUAGGAAUAGUUCACCCAAAAACUAAAGUUAUUUCAUAAUUUCCUCACCAUCUUGACAUUUACAGAACUGUUUGACUUUCGUCUGUGGAAGACCAAUAAAGAAAUCAUCUGUUUUAUGUUCCACAGAAGAAAGAAAGUCACAUGGUUUUGAAAUGCCAUGAUGGUUGAUAAAUGAUGACAGAUUUUUUUGGUAAGCUGUCCCUCAAACAAACACUGAGCAAAACUUUUACAGCAUUUAAUACAUUUUAGUUCAUGUCAAUUUUCACAUAUACUAAUACAUUGUUAACAUUUCAACGUGAAUUUGCAAAUUUGCAUUUGGCUAACUAAACCUUUUUAAGUGUUACCACUUUUCACUUGCAAAAAUGCUCCUAUGUAUGUUUCCCAUACAGCUACUUUCUUCUAUGUGUUUGCUAAGAAUUAAACUCGCAAUACUGAAA